AUGGACAUCAAGGUUAAUAUCGACGGAGUACUCAGAGAAGUGUGUGGGAUUAAUGAAGGAACAACGUGUGAAGAAGUGAUCUUCAAGCUUGCACAGAUCGCUAGUUUGCCUGGAUUUUAUACUCUGGUUGCCAGCUGCAGAGAUAAAGAAAUUACAUUAUCUCCAGAGGAAAGAAUUAUAAAUUUCAUCAAAGAAACUAAAGAAAAUCCAUCUAACAUCUGUUUUAUUCUUCGUCGAUUGGAGGCUGUAUCUCCAUUCUCUCCAAAAGUUCCUAAAGCAUAUCCUCCUGUUCCCAAUCAUCAACCUACAAGUCGUCCUCAUCAACAGCCCUCUCGUAGUUUAUCACGACGCUCUAACGUUCCAGUGACAUCUGAAAACAAAGAAUUAUGUUCCUCUACUUCAUCAUCCUUACCAAUUCCAGCUCAGCAUUGUGUUAGCUCUACAAAGCAAUCAAGAAUUUAUCGUUGUGAUCCUAGUUGUGAAUUAAUUCACUCUUCCUUAAUAACCAGUGCUGCCGGUGAAGAAAAAUCAUAUCACGAUGUUGAUCAAUAUAAUCAACUUAAAGAUCAAUUGGCAUAUCAAGAACAACAAGUUGAACUCAAUCGAAUACGGUUGCUUCGAUUAGACAAGGAAAUCAAUCAUUUAGAACAGUCAGCCCGAUUCGGUGGUAAUAACAACAAUAGUGAUAGUAAUAAUAAUAAAGAUGGUUAUUCUACAUUGGAUUUAUUAAGUGGAUCGGCUGUUGGUCCUGUGGCAGAAUUAGCUCAACUAGCAGCUACACCAUGGUCACAAUUAUUAGAUACAAAUCGUGCCAGACAACGUGAAUUAUUAUCAGAAUGUGAACGGCAUAAAAUUGCUAUCGAUCAAGUGGAUACUCACUUAGCUAAAACAAAAAUGAAUUUAUCUCAACUAGAAAAUCAAAUCAAUCAAGAGUUAAAUCGAUUGCUCAAUGAAUUGGAAGGAUAUAAUCAACAUAGAAGAUUACUAUUGAAGUCAGCCGGAAGUGGUAGCUCACAACCUCGUCCCAGCGAUGGUGUUGCUGUAUAA